UGACAGUCCGCUAGUGCGCGAACUAACAGCCAAGUUUCAAAUAUUCCGAACUUGUGAACGAAACAAACGAAAAUCGAAUGACAUAAAAUCUUAACAAAAAUCGAAUAGAUGAUUGGGUGUUUUUUAGUGUAAAUUAUUAUUUGUUAAAUUUAGUGUAGUGUUUUGUUGAUAGUGUGAUUUGGAGUGCCGUAGUUUGGAAUCCCGUUGGCCGGUGUAUUAUCAAGAAACUGAUGUGUCAUUUUUUGUGAUAUGAUGAGAAGAGAUAGCUGAAUGAUCAUGUGCAAGUUAAAGCAAACUCAUCCGCAAUUAUUUUUGGGAUGACACAGGCUGCCGUGAACUGACGCAGCAAUGUCUCAAUCGGCACUUGGGCUGGGAGGAGAGCGACGAUACUCUGUGCCCUCCAACCCGCUCACGCAUGACCCGAGAGGCAUGCACUCUGAGGAUCUGCAUGCGUGGUCUAUAUACAGACAAAAUCUGAAUUCGGACUUUACGGACAGUGCACUGGGCAGUACCGACAAAAGUCCAUUGCCUUAUGGGAACUUCCAGCUAAGAGAUACCACCGUGCAAUCGAUACUGUCGCACCCUCGAUAUGGACCUAAGUCAGCGUUAGGCUCUAACAUGUACACCUACCUAAAAUUCGGAUUGCCAAGAGUAUUCCCACCGAAUCACAACGGCUCACAGAGAUCCGGCACGCCAAAACCUAAGACUUCCAUUGGAAGCGGCAUGAAACCAGUAUCAAGGAUCCAGAGACAAAGUCGAGGCAUACGAGAGACGUCUUCGGGGUACGAUAGUUCAGACAACGAAACUUCCACCAAUUAUAAAUAUAGCCGAAAGUAUCGAUCCGAUCCUGAUUUUCGGAUGCAGAACUUACAUCCCUCCUAUCAGCACAGCACAGGCGUGCCUCUAGUGGCGAUGCAGCAAGCAGGCAUUCGCGGUGAACCCCAUUGGACCAACUCCAGGAACAAAUCCGUCAGCGAGGCAAACUUGCUGGGCAUAGAUGCGCGUCCGCAACGAACAUCACAGUCGCAUCAGUACAACCGGCGAAAUAGCGUAGCGGACUUUGUACCAGACCACGACCACCAUAGUUACCUGAUGCCGUCAUCGCACCUAGGUGGCCGUAUGUCAAAAACUGGAAGCCACAUGUCUUUAGCGCAGUCCCGAAAACACUCCACGCUGCGACCCGGCGAUCAUCUAGACGGAUACACGCAUUCUGCUUACAUCUAUCCAAAUUACUAUGUGAACAGUUUAGAGAUCACGUCACCGGAAAACAAGUCGACGUUGCUGGUGUCAGGGUUGAGUUUCGAAGUGAAAUCAGGGGAGAUAUUAGCAGUAUUAGCCACUUCGCAGUACGAGGCAACUGGUUUACUGGAUGUUUUAGCCGGAGUACGCAAGAAACUGAACGGCGAUAUAGUUCUGAACGGCCAGCCUGUCGCCUCUUCUACCCUCCGUAAAGUAGCUGCCUACGUCCGCAACGACACCUUCCUAUGUCCUUCCAUGACGGUGGAACAUACUUUGCGGUUUCAUGCAGCGUUGCGACGGCCUAGGCACAACCACUCGCAAGUCAAAAUGGAUGAUAGGGACAGAAUUAACCUCCUGAUUGAAGAAUUAGGCCUUGAACAAGUCCGAGAUACGAACGUAGGGCGAUUAACAAGAUCCGAAAUCCGCAGACUCAAUGUCGCAUGUCAACUUUUGCUCGACAUGGCUGUUUUAAUACUGGACCAGCCUACGAAGGAGAUGGACAUUUUCGACACGUUUUUCCUUGUGGAGUAUCUAAGAAACUGGGCCAGUACUGGUCGUGUUGUAAUCAUGUCAUUGCAUCCGCCUACGUAUGAGAUUUUUGCAAUGCUUACUAAGGUGGUGCUAAUAUCUGCAGGCCGGACGAUGUUUAGCGGGUACCGAAGAGACAUGUUGCCAUAUUUUGCCUCCAUCGACUACCCUUGUCCUGCCUUCAAGAACCCUUCGGAUUACUACCUGGACCUGGUAACACUGGACGACCUAUCGGCAGCAGCGAUGCUCGAGUCGUCAGGACGCAUUGAAGCCCUAGCAGGCGUGUUCGCGGGAGCGCAGUCCCCGCCGGAGCCUCCACCACCUGUACCUUUGCCUGCACCGGUUACCAGACCGAAUGCCUUCGUUCAAGCAUUUGCACUUAUUGAGAAAAGUCUAGUUUUCACUCAAAUGAUGACGCUAUCAAACGUGGUGACACGCGUGCUCAUUGCUGCCAUCUUGUCUCUUGUCACUGGCACCAUCUUCUGGGACCUGCCGGUCACUGAUGCCAAGCUCACACAAAACGACAGAAUUGGGUACCAUUACACAGUGAUGUGCCUCACAAUUUGGCCAAUCCUGAUAUGGCUGACAGCUAGAGAAGCAAGUUCUAUGAGACACCAUGUCGAAAGAGAUAUUGCUGUUGGCCUGUAUUCCAGAAGCGUUUUUAUUCUUUAUGAUCAAUUCCUAGAGGUUUGGUCCGCUGUGAUAACGUGGCUGGCGUAUUUGGUGCCGAGUUAUGCCAUGACAGGUCUAUACGCGCAGUCGGCAGGAUCUUUCGAUGGAUUUUAUAUUUAUUUAGGAUACAUGCUCCUCUAUCUAAUAAGCAUACAAAUGCUCUGUCGGGCGGCUAUAUUCGUCAUUCCCUUCGAAAAAACAGCGUCAGCCAUAUCUGGCUUAUGUCUACUCCUAAGUACGCUAGUCAACGGCGUCAUGAUACAUCAGGGAGAUCUGCCCGAAUACGUCAGAUGGUUGGAGUACGUCUCACCGAGUAGAUGGACGCUGCCAGAAUUGCUGCAGAGGGAACUUAGCGAAAUCGCACUCAAGAGCAGUAUUAGUAAGGAUAUUAGAUGCACUAAUAAGCAGAGACCAUACCAGGACAUAAUAGUACAAUCACCCUGCCCACCACCCAACGGCACUCAGGUCCUAUCCAACUUCGACUAUCUCCGGACUAAAGAUAUAUGGCAGUGGAAUUCUGAAGGUUUCCUCAUAGCGUUAGCUGUGUUCUAUGCAGUGUUUGCUCUAGUCGCCAUGCUAGCUUUUGUUGCUGACUGUACAAGGUACAGAAAGAGAAAGGAACGAACGUUUCUCAAAGGGCAUAAGGUGACAAUCAAUGUACCCUGAUGUAGUAAGAGUAAAAAAAAAAUAUAAGACAGAAUAAGGAUCAUUUCUAGGAGUCAUUACAUUAAUUUUCUUGGUAAAUCCAACUUCUUAUCUUGCAGAUGCUUUGUCUUAUUUUAAAAGGAAACGAAGUAGAUUGAACGGUUGCAUUUGUUUAAACGCGAAUUCAUGUAUCAUUGCAAAAUUUACUUUUCAAAUGUACUGGUUUUCAUUAUAUAAAAAGAACACUCAACAUCGCUCUUGAGACGGCUCCGUUAUUUCAGAGUGUUUUCGUAUGUGAUUUCGUUGCUCACAUCCUUCGUUAUGAAUGUGGUGGUUUCUUUAUGGUUCAAUUUAGAGUAAUUGUGUCGAUUCUGUUAUUUGCACAUUUUUAUAAACUACAAUAUGCUUGUUACAUCAGUCAAUUAUGUGCUAAAGCAGAAUCGAAAAGAUAUUAACGUUGGGGAUUAGUUUAAGAAUCAAUGUACAAAAAUAUAAUUAUAGUCAUAAUUGAAUUACUAAUAAUGUGAAAGGCUGACUAUGUAAUGUCUUCCGUCCAUAUUAUAAUAAAUUUAAUCCAGUAUGAAAGCAGGUACUUAUAAAAUAUAGUACACGAGAUACAUCGCUUGAUGGUUUUGUAAAACUAGGUUUUUUUACAUCAAGGAACAAUAGACCCUUAUCUAGUAAAAGGGUUUAAUUAAUUGCAAAGGGGUUGUUUCAUUAUUGGUGAAGUGUACAAGUGUA